AGUAUCUAAUUUCUUGAGUGUCAUAAAACUCUCCACUGGUUGCUGAUUUUUUGUCCUCUCAAAUUUAGAUUUAGAUAUCACAAAUUCACAACGGAAACUUGAGAGUUGAAGAAAAAUCGAAUGACACUCUCAGCGGUCAGCAGGUUGCUGAUUUCCGUCCUGUUGUUCGCUGUAUUUAAUACGGAAAAUGUCAUUGCGCAAGACGAAUCGAAAAACAACAAGUUCAGAGAGCGUGAAGCCACUGAUGAUUCUGCCGGAUAUCCUCAACUGGAUGAAGACGAGUUGUUGAACACGCAAUGCCCGCAAAAUUUAGAACUGCGAUGGCAAGCAGAAGUAAGCUCUAGCAUAUAUGCAACCCCGUUGAUUGCGGAUAUUAACAGUGAUGGAAAAUUAGAUGUUGUGGUUCCUUCAUUUGUUCACUACUUGGAAGUAUUAGAAGGAUCAGAUGGGGAUAAAAUGCCAGGGUGGCCUGCUUAUCAUCAGUCAACUGUUCAUUCUAGCCCUCUUCUUUAUGAUAUUGACAAAGAUGGCGUGAGAGAAAUAUCCUUGGCUACAUACAAUGGAGAAGUGCUCUUUUUCAGAAAUUCCGGCUAUAUGAUGUCAGAUAAACUGGUUGUACCUCGGAGGAGAGUUCGUAAAAAUUGGUAUGAGGGAUUAAAUCCAGAUCCUGUGGAUCGCUCUCAUCCUGAUGUUGAUGAUCCGCAGCUUGUGCAGGAGGCUGCUGAAAUGAAUUUUGUGUCACUUUUACCCCUGCUAGCAAAAAGAGGUUUAUCAUUCCUCCCAACUAUAACCACUAAGGCUGACAAAUUGAUGGUGACUGUUCUAGAUUCGAUUAAAAAUAAAGUGGGAUCUGAUGCAGCUGAAAUUUCAUCAAGUGGAGGGCAUCCUGCUAUGAACAAUUUAUCAAUAUCUGAUGGAGGCAAGAAAACUGAAAGUCAAGAGAAAUCGAAUAUUAAUAUUCCAAAAAGCACAAAUGUAUCCCUUGAUGCUGGAGAGAGUUCCGAUGUAAUGAAUGCAUCAUCUGCAGAUGAUGGAAGGAAGAACGAGAGCAUAUUGGAGGAAAUCAGAAAGCUACCGAAUAUAAUGACUAAUUCUUCUCAAGAUACAGGGUCAAAUGAUACUGUACGUGUAAAUGAUAGACCAAUCAAUGCAUCCUUAACGAAUGGGAUGGAUAGUAAUAUGAAUGCAGGAAACAGAAUAAAUUCUGGGAGAAGAUUGUUGGAAGAUUCUGGUUCCGAAGGAGCAAAUGAUGGUAGCGAGAAUGUUCUAACUGCAACAGCAGAGAAUGAUGAUGGUCUGGAAGCAGAAGCAGAUUCAUCUUUUGAGCUAUUUCGUGGUAGUGAUGAACUGGCAGAUGAAUAUAGCUAUGACUAUGAUGAUUAUGUGGAUGAGAACAUGUGGGGGGAUGACGAUUGGAUUGAAUCACAACAUGAAACUGUCGAAGACUACGUCGAUAUUGAUUCACAUAUAUUGUCCACUCCGGUUAUAGCUGAUAUAGAUAAUGAUGGGGUAUCAGAAAUGGUUGUUGCGGUAUCAUAUUUCUUUGAUCGCGAUUAUUAUGAUAAACCGGAGCAUGCAAAAGAUUUAGGUGGCAUUGAUAUUGGAAAGUAUGUUGGUGGUGGCAUCGUUGUUUUCAACCUUGACACAAAACAAGUUAAAUGGACUGCACCCUUGGAUCUGAGCACAGAUACUGCUAAAUUCCGCGCUUACAUAUAUUCUUCACCAACUGUGGUUGAUCUGGAUAAUGACGGGAAUCUAGACAUUCUCAUUGGAACUUCUUAUGGCUUAUUUUACGUACUUGAUCAUCAUGGUAAGGUAAGGGACAAUUUUCCUCUUGAAAUGGCCGAAAUCCAAGGAGCUGUGGUGGCUGCAGAUAUUAAUGACGAUGGUAAAAUCGAACUAGUGACUGCUGAUGUUCAUGGAAACGUUGUGGCCUGGACUGCUCAAGGAAAGGAAAUAUGGGAAGCACAUGUGAAAAGUCUUAUACCACAGGGUCCUGCUGUUGGUGAUGUUGAUGGGGAUGGCUAUACAGAUAUUGUGGUUUCAACUAUAUCUGGAAAUAUAUAUGUCCUUAGCGGUAAGGAUGGGAAACACGUUCGUCCAUAUCCUUAUAGGACACAUGGGAGAGUUAUGAAUCAGGUUCUUCUUGUUGAUUUGAGCAAACGGGGUGAAAAAAAGAAGGGACUUACCAUUGUCACGACUUCAUUUGAUGGUUAUCUAUAUCUCAUCGAUGGACUGACGUCUUGCACAGAUGUUGUUGAUAUUGGCGAAACUUCAUACAGUAUGGUUUUGGCGGACAAUGUUGAUGGUGGUGAUGAUCUUGAUCUUAUAGUAACAACUAUGAAUGGAAAUGUUUUUUGCUUCUCUACUCCAUCUCCACAUCAUCCGCUUAAGGCAUGGAGAUCAGCUUACCAAGGAAGAAACAAUGUUGCAAGUCGUUACAAUCGGGAGGGAAUUUAUGUCUUGCCUUCAAAUAGAAAUUUUCGUGAUGAAGAAGGCAAGAACUUUUGGGUCGAGUUUGAGAUUGUUGAUGCCUAUAGACACCCAUCCAGUUCACAAGCACCAUAUAAUGUCACGAUGACCUUGCUGGUUCCUGGCAAUUUUCAAGGAGAGAGGAGCAUAAAACAAAGUGAGAUCUAUCAUAGCCCUGGAAAGCACCGUAUGAAGCUCCCAACAGUCGGUGUGAGGACAACUGGGACAGUAAUAAUUGAGAUGGUGGACUCCAAUGGUCUCCAUUUCUCAGAUGAGUUCUCACUUACAUUUCAUAUGUAUUACUACAAACUACUGAAGUGGCUUGUCGUCCUCCCUAUGCUUGGGAUGUUUGGUGUUCUUUUGAUCCUUCGACCACAGGAAGCAGAACCAUUGCCUUCGUUUUCCAGGAAUACUGACUUGUAAUCACAUUCAAAAGCUGCAGCAUUUUGACAAAUUAUACAUUUGGGGAGGCUCAGCAAGUUCUGUAUCCCGUAAUAGGCCAUUUCCUAGCACAUAAUCUUCAACUGGGCUGUCCACAAUACCCUUGCGACUGUUGAUGGCUGUUGAAGCUCGGGUUUGAGCUGUUGGAUUUGGAACUGCAUGUAAUCAUUGUCCCCUUACUGUUGGGUGCCAUAGUUGAAUGUUGAUUAUUGUAAACUGUCAAACCUAGAAGUGAGAUACAUAGAAAGUAGUUCAUUUUGGCUAAAUGACUUGGCUUCAAUUUGCUUCCUCAUGGAAUAUUAUCUGAAAAUGUAUUUACGACGAGAUAGGACCAGGCAUCAAAUUACAAAAAGAAAAUCAUAAUAAUAUUCAAAGUGAGCUUUCAUUCUUUA